AUGGAGGCUUUCCCCUGGGCGCCCCCCUCGCCCCGCCGCGGCCGCGCCCCCCCGCCCAUGGCGCUCGUGCCCAGCGCCCGCUACGUGAGCGCCCCGGGCCCGGCGCACCCGCCGCCCUUCAGCUCCUGGAACGACUACCUGGGGCUCGCCACGCUCAUCACCAAGGCGGUGGGCGGCGAGCGGCGCUUCGGAGACGGAGACGGCGGCGGCGGCGGCGGCUCCCCGCCCUCCUCUUCCUCCUCGUCCUGCUGCUCCCCGCACGCGGGGGCCGGGCCCGGGGCGCUGGGGCCGGCGCUGGGGCCGCCGGACUACGAAGACGAUGACGACGACGACGACAGCGACGACCCGGGGUCGCGGGCCCGCUGCCUGGGCGGCGCGCUGGACCUGUGCGCCGGCCCCGCCGAGGCCGCGCUGCUGGAGGAGCGCUUCGCCGAGCUGAGCCCGUUCGCCGGCCGCGCGGCCGCCGUGCUGCUGGGCUGCGCGCCCGCCGCGGCCCCCGCCGACGGGGCCCCGCCGCGCGAGGAGCGGGCGCUGGCGUGGGCGGCGGAGCCCCGGCUGCACGCAGCCUCCUCCUCUUCCUCCUCCUCCUCCUCCUCCCCCGGGGCGGCCGCCGCGCGGCUGCUCAAGCCCGAGCUGCAGGUGUGCGUGUUCUGCCGGAACAACAAGGAGGCCGUGGCGCUCUACACCACGCACAUCCUGAAGGGCCCCGACGGGCGCGUGCUGUGCCCGGUGCUGCGGCGCUACACGUGCCCCCUGUGCGGCGCCAGCGGCGACACGGCGCACACCAUCAAGUACUGCCCGCUGUCCAAGGCGCCGCCCGCGCGCGGCCCCCGCGACGGCCCGCCCGGCAGGAAGCUGCGCUGA